CAUUUCCCCUCUUUGCGUGUACGUGAUGACUCAGCCCUGAAGUAAUAAGUGAGAACAACUUCUCCUUUCUUAAGCCGCUUGCCGUGAAUGACAUUACUUUUAUUCUAGCGAUAAACCGGUUUCUCAGCGAACAAACUAGAAACUUUAGGUGCAAACGCCACUACCUGCUUUGCAACAGUUUCAGAAAAUGCGUGUUGGUGGAGCCAGACAACGCAAACUGCAGUCAACGUCAGCCUAGAUGUUUGGCGAGACAGCCUUGCCCCUGCAGCUGUCAGACGCUGUCCCACCUGCCAACUGCCCGCUCUUCUGGACGGAGUUUGAGGGGCACUGUUACCGUUUCUUCCCCCUGAACCGCACCUGGGCCGAGGCGGACCUCUACUGUGCAGAGUUCUCCAACGGGCUGCGGUCUGCCAAGCUCACCUCCAUACACAGCUGGGAGGAGAAUGUGUUUGUGUAUGACCUGGUGAACAGCCGCAUCCCCGGCAUCCCCACUGACAUAUGGAUCGGCCUCCAUGACCGGCGGCAGGAGGGCACUAUGGAGUGGACAGAUGGGUCUCCCUAUGAGUACAACUACUGGGACGGGAACCAGCCAGAUGAUGGAAUACACCGUAUCCCUGAGGAAGAGGACUGCGUGGAGAUGUGGUACAGACAAAACAGUGCUCUGCGGUCCUGGAAUGAUAACAGCUGUGGAAAAGCCUUUCCCUUCGUCUGCAAAAUCCCCACUUUGGAGCAUUAGCCCCCUGGGUCCCCCAUCCCACACGCCCCGGACACAAGGACAUUAAACUUCUCUCCUCCAUCUGGACCUCAUUCACUGCCAUUUGUCCCCACCAUCCCUGGACUCUGACUUGUGUAUCACACUGUGACACUAUGUAUCACCAGGCCUAUUCUCGUGUGUGUGUGUGUGUGUGUGUGUGUGUGACUGCUGAUGACAUUUUGUAAUAUCUUGGAAAUGUUCAUCUAGCUAUUAAUUCCUUCUGAUCAUUUGCAGAAAUGGCGUCUGUAUGCCAAAAUUAAAUUUAAUGAUGUAAUGAU